AUGUCCUCUACUCAACAACUUCCAGACUACGCUAACACCAUAGAUUUCUGGCUGUUAUGCCAGCCCCUACCGUACGAGCACCAAUCUCCUCAGGACGUAUCCUGUUCACAAGAAGAGGACUUGAGCCUAGAGGUGCACUGGACUACGCCAUCAACGACUUGUGAAAUUUCGCAGUAUAGCGUAAACUAUACAGCCGCGGUCAUCUGGUCCGAGGAAAUCUACAAGAACUACUCUCUCGUCGACGCGGCGACGUCGGAAUACGUCAUUCAGCGGCCAAUCCCGUACACUUUUUACAUCUUCGAAGUGAGGGCCGUUGUGAAAGGCUGUGGUUCUGGUGAACCUCGUUCGUGUCCAGUGAAAACAAAAGGAGAGCCCCCGUCCGCCCCGGUGUCGCUGAGAGUGACGGCAAAUACAGCGAAGAGCCUCAGCAUCGCAUGGGAUUGCCCGUUGGAAAUGAGCGGUGAAUUCAAGGAUUUCAUCAUUCGGUGGUAUCCCAACGACGAGCCCAAUGGUUUUAUUACCACUGACCAAACUUCUUACACCAUCGGGAGCUUGACGCCCUGCACCGAGUACAACGUUACCGUGGCUGCCAGGAAUAACGCAGGGGAAGGGACCCCGGCCCAAACUCAUGGGGCGACUAUCACUAUAGCUCCCGACCACUUGGUGUGCGUCCAGAAUGCUGAAGACUUGAGUCUGAAGGUAAGGUGGGAUGCUCCCAACCCCGACAGCGGCUGCACCGUCGUCAAAUACGAUAUUGCCACCACGAUCGACGUGAUCUGGUCUGGAGAAACAUUCAACAACGACUCAUCCGUGGAAGCAUCGACGACUCAAUACGUCGUGGAGAAUCCUGUAUCAUACUCCAAUUACACUUUUGGCGUCAGUGCUGUAGCAGCGGGUGAUGUGAAGGGACCGACAGUAAACUGUGGCGUCACGACCGCACAGACCGCUCCGAGCGCUCCUCAGAACUUGGCGUUAUUGGAGGCCCGGAGUGACGCCCUCGUCGUGCAGUGGGACGCGCCUGCGGAGCUCAACGGCGUCGUGGUCUCCUACCUCGUCAGCAGCAGUCACGGUGGCGAGGUUGUCACCAACCAAACUCUUGCAGCUCCACCUGAACAAACGCGCUUCAACUGCACCGUUGACGGCCUAACUGCUGCCACCGACUACGACAUAAGCGUGCGGGCAGUGACGGUAAAGAUUGGAGCCGCAGCAACCUCCAGUUAUAGAACCAGUACUUCAGGCCAAGGUCAACCAACAACUGCUGCUUUUGCAACAAGCACUCCAGACCAAGGUCUACAAACAACUGCUGGUCAAGCAACCAGUACGCCAGAUCAAGGUCAACAAACAACUGCUGGUAUUGCAACCAGUACUCCAGUCCUAAGUCAACCAACAACUGCUGCUUUUGCUACAAGCACUCCAGAACAAGGUCAACAAACAACUGCUGGUCAAGCAACCAGUACGCCAGAUCAAGGUCAACAAACAACAGCUAGUCUUGCAACCAUUACUUCAGAACAAGGUCAACAAACAACUACUGGUCAAGCAACCAGUACUUCAGGUCAAGGUCAACAAACGACCAACAUUUUUGGAACAAGCCAAGGUCUAACAACAGUCCCUGAAGUUUCGACAGUUUAUUCGUCUACUAAAAUUUCGUCGAGCAAACUUCCAUCCACUUCCAAGUAUACAACCAUGGAGCCUGUGACCACCAGACCUUUUACUCUCGAUCUAUCAACGGAUACAUUGACCACAACUCAUGAACAAGACUUUUCUGACCCUCGGUUAUCUGCUGGUGUAAUCGCAGGAAUUGUCAUGGCCGUUAUUGCUGGGAUAACGUUGACUGUUUUUGCAGUUGUAACCUUGGUCAGGAAAAAGAUCUUCCACUUUCUAGAAUGAAUUAGGCAUGAUGGUUCACUUAAGUGGAUCAACGGAUUGUUAAAUAACGAGAAAAAUUUUUUGGCUUCUUGCCUCUAGUGGGUCUGCGCGAUGUAAAUAUACCUCACUUUGGUGAGUCGCUGUCGAGUGAGUCAGCAAUUACUCCCACAAAUGAGUCUCGGAAAAAUAGAGAUAAUUCAGGAAAAUGUCUGUCAAAAAGUGAAUGUAUUGUUUUGCACUAGCCGUAGACUUAUACUUUGACUAGCAUGCAAUUAUGACCCGUUCAAUUUUACGAGUGUUGAAAGAUUCCGAGAACC